AUGGUGUCCUCAAACACCCCCGUCAUUAUCGGCGUGGGCGACAUCAAGAAUCGCUCAAACGCCAUCGCGGAUGCAAAAGAGCCCGCAACAUUGAUGCUGGAAGCCAUUCGGAAAGCCAUCGGCGACACUGCGUGUUCUUCGCAAACCGAUCUCCAGUCAGCGAUCGACAGCAUCGAUGUCGUCAAGACGUGGACUUGGCCGUACCCGGAUCUGCCGGGGCUUCUGGCAGAGAAGCUGAGCGUUGAACGGACCCUCAAAUGGAAGGGAUACUCUGAGCAUGGGGGUGAUAAACCGGGGAAGCUCUUCGACGAGGCGGCCAAGAGAAUUGCAAAAGGCGAAUGUAAAGUCGCGGUUGUAACCGGGGGUGAGGCAUUAGCUUCAUUAUCGGCAUGCGCAGCUGCAAAGAAGCUCCCCCCACCGGGCUGGACAGCGCCAUCCGAAGCCGUAGAUUCGGUCUUUACACCAACAGGCCGAGACCUAGGAAAUAACCUCGGCGCUAUUCAUAAGAUCGGUGCACCGAUACAUGUCUACCCACUUUACGAGAAUGCAUUCCGUGCGCAUCGCGGACAGACGCUGAAAGCAAACCACGAUGAAAGCGCAAAGCUGUAUGCUGAAUUUUCUGAAGUCGCCAAGAAGAAUGAGUAUGCAUGGAGUUACGGAAGUUCAAGUAGUGAAGAAGAGAUCGGGACGAUUGGAAAGAAGAACAGAAUGAUAUGUCAUCCUUAUCCCUUGCUUAUGAAUGCUUUCAACACUGUUAAUCUUGCUUCUGCCAUUAUCCUUACAUCGACAUCUUUCGCCAAACAACUAGGUACACCAGAGUCGAAAUGGGUAUAUCCGCUUGGUGGCGCAGGAACGAAAGAUGCAGACGAGUUUUGGAAACGACCGAACUUCUAUUCUUCGCCCAGUAUCUCUCACUCCAUUGAUGCCAGUUUGAAGGUUUCUGGUGCGACCAAGGAGGAGAUGGAUAUCCUUGACAUCUACUCUUGUUUUCCAAUCGUGCCUAAGAUUGCGGCGCAACAUCUCGGGCUACCUGUCGUUGGUGGCAACAAACCAUUGACAGUACUUGGCGGCCUGACGUCGUUCGGUGGAGCUGGCAAUAACUAUUCGAUGCACGCACUCACCGAUAUGACGAGACAACUAAGAGACGGCAAAGGUGACAAAGGACUGGUUCUCUGCAAUGGCGGUGUCUUGAGCUAUCAGUAUGUCGUGAUCUUGUCGAAAGAACCUAGAAAAGACGGCUUCUAUCCUACGGACAACCCGCUUCCACCGCAGAUCACUGAUGUGCCAGUGCCGGAGCUCAUUUUUGAUCCAGACGGCGAGGCUGUUGUCGAAACAUACACCGUAGAGUUCAACCGCGACGGCAGCCCGCUUCGAGCUCACAUCAUCGGUCGCUUGAAAAGCAGUGACAAAAGGUUUCUCGCAAAUCAUGGUGAUGAUAGCACAAUGCGAAAAAUGGCUAGUGGUAUGGGAGAGAUUGUGGGUAAGAGCGGGUGGGUGUGGCAAGAUGGAGAGAAGAAGGGGAGGUCGCUCUUUGCAUUUGACAAACCAGCAAAAUUAUAA